CUUUGUUCCUCCUUUCGUCUGUUCCUCUGAAAUUGAGGCUUGAUUAUACUCUCUUCUAUAGUAAAUUGAUCGUCUGAAAGCUGGUCCUUUCAUUGCUCUCCUUACCGCCGCUCCUCGAGCCUGGCUACCCCCCACCCGUGAUGCCCGCUUGCUAGCUAGUUUACCGUGGAGUAGCUAGCUAGUCGACAAUUUCAAAACACCUGGUAUCUGCCACCAACUGCAGAGAUGGUGUCUGGGUCGGCAUUUGUCGCCUCAUGGCGACUCACUUCCGUCGUCAUAGCUUCUGCCUUAUCUUGCUUGGUACACGCGACGCCGUCCGUUAACGUCGCUCUCCAAGCUUCGUUCGAUUCAGCGCCUUAUCUUAUAGAGCUACUAGAAACCGCUGCAGAGGAAAACGCGACAUCUUACUUCCCGUUACUUGACCGAAUUGCCGAUGGAGCUUUCGAUGAUGCGGCCACGGACAAAGAACUGUACGAUCGGUUCUUGGAGGCGGUCCACACUGAUGGCCACCUGAGAACCCCUGAAGCGCUAUCCUCCUUCAAGCUGUCGUUGGCCAUCCGAUCCGCAAGUCCCCGUAUUGCCGCACACUACCAGUACUACAAUGCCUCUGUCCAGCAGUCUUUGGCGGCGGCGCAAGACGCAGUCUGCCCGGUCUGGGUCCAUUCCGAGGGGAAGCAGUAUUGCUCCUCUACUCUGGAACGCGCCCAGCAGGGUGUGAUGGGGCCAAGUGACCCGCCAGAACUUCCCUUCGAUCGUGUCUUUGGGGAUUCCUCUCUCCCACCAGCCAUUCUCUAUGCAGAUGUGGCGUCUCCGAUGUUCAAGGAUUUUCAUCAGUCCCUGACUGCUCUCGCCAAAGAAGGGCAGAUCUCAUAUCGGGUGCGAUACCGACCUCCGCAGCAUUGGAGCUCGCGCCCGCUGUUCGUGUCGGGAUACGGAGUCGAGCUCGCAUUGAAGAGGACGGAUUACAUUGUCAUUGACGACAGGGCUGCCGAGGAAAGAGGCGCAGACGGUUCCGACUCGAAGAAGUCGGUCGAUAUGGAGGGGGAUGAUUUGGAUGAUUUGAGACCCCUGUCUUCGUCCGAGGUAUCACGGCUUGGACCGAGCACUGUCGGCUAUGUGUUGGACAGCGAGAGUCCUCUGGAGACACUGGUCAAGCUCUCGCAAGACUUCCCCAAAUACUCGGCUAGAAUUGCCGCCUACAAUGUCACACGCGAAUUGUUGCAGGAUAUCCAGUCAAGCCGGCUGCGAAUGCUUCCUCCAGGGCUCAACGCCUUGUGGAUCAAUGGCGUUCAGAUCGAUGCUCGACAGGUCGACGCAUUCACUCUUCUGGAUCACCUCCGCCGUGAAAGAAAGCUGAUCGAGAAGUUCCGUACCCUCGGACUGUCGGCCAGCGAGUCUGUGGAGCUGUUGUCGCACAAAUUCCUGGCAGCGGCAAUGGCCCAGGAUGGUCCUCAGCGGUACAAUUACCGGGAUGAGAUUGAGGGUGGCGGUGUAAUCAUGUGGCUGAAUGACCUCGCAAAGGAUGCACGCUAUGAAUCAUGGCCGAGCGACCUCGGUGGAUACAUGCAACGUGUUUUCCCCGGUCAAUUGCCAUCUGUUCGUCGUGAAGCUAACAAUGUCGUCAUCCCGGUCGACCUCACCAACGCGAAUGACGCCACCCUCAUCGUCAAAUCCAUCCAGGUCUUUGUGAAGAACAAGAUCCCCGUGAGGUUCGGCUUGGUGCCGACAACUUCCUCCGCAGGAUCUAUUGCGCAGCUCAAAGUAGCUCACUAUCUGCAAGAUACCUUUGGUCUGUCUAGCUUGAUGAGUUAUCUGGAAGCGUCACUUUCCAGGAACAAGCUGAGCUCUCCGGAUAAGACGGCGUUCCAAACUGCCACUGCAGACCGAAACGUCCGCCCCGAUAAGCAGCUCCUUACCUUGGAUGAGGUGCUGAAGAACGAUUCCUUGAACGCCACAGCAAGCAGGACUACGAAUUAUCUGAAACGUCUUGGCAUCACUGAUAAGGCAUCACAUUCGUUUGUGAAUGGUGCUCCAAUCGUUCGCAACGAGAAUUGGGCUCAGGAACUGAGUGCCAGAGUCAGCCGCGAUAUCCAGGCAAUUCAACAGCUGAUCGCUGAUGGUGCGCUUGACGAGGACACAUGGCUACCCGGCCUUUUCCUCUCGGAGGCUUUCGAUAGACGUAAUCCUGUUAUCGUUCCCGAAGAUCCCAAGGAUGUUCGAGUAGUAGAUAUGUCGCAGGUUGCAGAGGCGCAUGGCGAGCUUCUUGGCCAAGUCCCUCGCAUUGCAUCGAUCGAGAACGAUGUUCUCUCCAGCAGCUAUGUGAUUAUAGUGGGCGACUUCAAUGAUGAGUCCGGCUUCAAGAUGUUGAGCGGAGCUCUCGAAAGCCUCAAGAACCACGGCGAAGCAGAAGUGUUACUCCUCCACAACCCCGGCGCAGACUCGUCUGUCUGGACUGGAGCCAACACUAUUCACCGUUAUCUGAAGAACCCUAAGACGAAGGAAGAUGGGUUUGAUGCCGCGCAACUUUUGGAGGAGCUCACGGGGACUGAUUUAUGGUCCCAUAAACAAAUUCAGGAGGUCGACGAAUUCUGGGCUGCGCAGCGACCUUUAGUCAAAGACUUUGGACUUGCUUCUGGUGCAAGUGCAAUCAUCAUCAACGGAAGGGUCGUUGAACUGCCAGCCGAGUUUGCGUUGACUUCGGUUGACUUGGACCAGCUAUUGGCUUAUGAGCGCCAGAAGCGUAUUGCUCCUGUUGCCAAGGCGGCCAAAGCAUUGGGUUUCGAUGCAAAGCUCAGGGAUCCUCUUGCCUUUGCCAAGCUUACUUCCCUCACGGCCUCUUCUACUGUCUCCGAUGUACCAGAGGGUAUUUACGAGUCGACACCUGACAUCCGUGUUAACUUAUUCGAGCGAUGGGACAAAGCUCGUUCAGCCGUAACAGUCUCGAACUCGGAAGAUCCUGCUAUCACAAUCGUGGCCUCUAUCGAUCCGACAUCUGAAGUCGCUCAGAAGUGGCUGCCCAUCUUGAAGGUGCUGUCGGAACUGGCCAACGUCAGAAUGCGCCUCGUUCUGAAUCCCCGCGACGAAUUGCAAGAGCUUCCCACUAAGCGAUUCUAUCGCUAUGUGCUGGACUCGGAGCCGUCCUUCAGCGAGGAUGGAUCUGUCGCUCACCCUGCAGCGUCUUUCUCCGGUGUUCCUGCGGAAGCACUUCUCACAUUAGGCAUGGAUGUUCCGUCAUCAUGGCUCGUGGCUCCUAAAGACUCCGUUUACGAUCUUGACAACAUCAAGCUGAGCUCGGUGAAGGAGGGCUCAGAUGUGGACGCAAUCUACGCUUUGGAGCACAUCCUGAUUGAAGGCCACUCACGGGAUCUCACUACCAAGACGCCACCGAGGGGAGUGCAGCUCAUUCUGGGCACUGAGGAGAACCCCCAACUCUCCGAUACCAUCAUCAUGGCCAACCUAGGCUACUUCCAGUUCAAAGCACAGCCGGGCCUCUGGAAGAUCAACCUCAAACCCGGUCGCAGCGAGCGGAUCUUCCAGCUUGACAGCCUCGGGAACGAAGGCUACAUCCUUCAUCCCAACGAUGACACCAGCAACGAGGUCGCCCUCCUCUCCUUCCAAGGCAAGACUCUCUUCCCCCGCCUCUCCCGCAAGAAGGGUCAAGAAAUGGAAGACGUGCUGGAGACGGGUGUCAAGUCCGGCAGCGCCAUGGAGUACGUAUCCAAGGGCCUCAACUUUGCCUCGGACAUUCUCUCUAGUGUGGGAAUCAACAGCUCCCCCAAAGAUGUCUCCGCCGGCAAACAAGCGGACAUCAACAUCUUCUCCGUGGCGAGUGGCCACCUCUACGAGCGCAUGCUCAACAUCAUGAUGGUGUCGGUCAUGCGCAACACCAAGCACAGCGUCAAGUUCUGGUUCAUCGAGCAAUUCCUCUCCCCGUCGUUCAAGGCUUUCCUCCCGCACCUGGCGGCCGAGUACGGCUUUUCUUACGAGAUGGUAACAUACAAAUGGCCGCACUGGCUGCGGGCCCAGACCGAGAAGCAGCGCGAGAUCUGGGGUUACAAGAUUCUAUUCUUGGACGUGCUCUUCCCCCUGAGCCUGGACAAGGUCAUCUUCGUCGACGCGGACCAGAUCGUGCGCACGGACAUGUACGACCUCGUCUCGCUGGACCUGGAGGGCGCGCCGUACGGCUUCACGCCGAUGUGCGACUCGCGCCACGAGAUGGAAGGCUUCCGGUUCUGGAAACAGGGCUACUGGAAGAAUUUCCUGCGAGGCCAGCCGUACCACAUCUCGGCGCUGUACGUGGUCGACCUCAGCCGCUUCCGCGCCCUGGCCGCCGGCGACCGCCUGCGCGGCCAGUACCAGAUGCUCUCCGCCGACCCGGGCAGCCUGAGCAACCUCGACCAGGACCUGCCCAAUCACAUGCAGCAUCACAUCCCCAUCAAGAGCCUGCCGCAGGAGUGGCUGUGGUGCGAGACCUGGUGCUCCGACGAGUCCCUCGGCCAGGCCCGCACGAUCGAUCUGUGCAAUAACCCGCUGACCAAGGAGCCGAAGCUCGAGCGCGCCAGGAGACAGGUCCCCGAGUGGACGGUGUACGAUGAGGAGAUCGCCGCCCUGGAGAACAGGGUGAGGCUGGAGACGGUGCAGGAUGAGGUGCCGGUGUCUGCUUCUGGGACUGGGGCAACCUGGGAUAAAGAUGAGCUUUAGAUGUCGUC